GUUCUGUAUAGUUUCUUUGUAGUUCAGCGAAAGAUGAAGCUCUAUGCCUUCAUCCUUGCAAUUCUGGCUGCUGUUGUUUGAACAGGAACUCAAGUUCAGUGAAAGAUGAGGGUCUGUGUCUACAUCCUUGCAAUUCUGGCUGCUGUGCCCUACACAAGAGCUCAAGUCAAACAUGUGGACAUGAACAUAUAUGGGUGUUCUGACACAGUACCAGGACAGGACUCCUUUGCACUUGACGGGGAGGGAACAGGACAUUCUGACUUCGCUCUGAAACAGUUUGUGAUGACACUGCCUGAAUUUGCAGAUCCUUUCACCUAUGGAGAUGAUGCUUUUUAUACAGCUGUUCAACGUCAGUUCAACUGUCUAGACCUAGUAAGAGAAGAAAUUAAGGGUAACAACCAUUCAAAAGAAGUUUUAGAACCACCUGUGAGCUCCAUCUACACCAGGAAGUACGUGAAAUUGGGUGUGGAUAACCAACUUAUAUGUCACGUGACUGGAUUCUUUCCCCCUUUGCUCAGAUUAAGGUGGGCAAAGAACGAUGUGUAUGUGUCAAAGGGCGUGACUCUUGGUCAGUUUCAACCCAACAAUAAUGGCACCUUUACCCUGUUCUCCUCACUGAACUUCACUCCAAAGCCUGGGGACUACUACACCUGCACAGUGGACCAUGCGACACUGAAGCAACCACUAAUCAAAGAGUGGAGUGCAGAUAAAUGGAUAACUCCCCGUAGUAUUUUUCCAAUCGUGCUGUGUGCAGUAGGGGCAGCAGUUGGGCUACUGGGAAUUGCUAUCGGAAUAUUGUUCUUCAUCAAAGGCAGCCAGUGCAACUGACAGUGCAGGUUUGUAUUUCCCGACUUCCUUUCUACUGCCCAGUCCCAUCUUCUGGCAAGUGUCAUGAAGUAGUGUUUGAGCGACCAUGGCCCACUGCUGUUGGGAGAACUAAACAAAAACAACUUUCUUAAAAUUUCCCCAGCUGUGUAUGAGUACUCUAAUACAUUCAAUACCUCAUAUUUUUGCAGAAUAAAUUAAGAGUGUUAAUUUAUUUUUGCUAUAUAAAUACAAUUAUUCUGAAAAUUGUAAAUGCCUUGGUUUUAGCUAGCAGAAAUGUGGGAGGUUUUGUGGAAAUUCAAACUUUUUGGUCAGCUUUAAAAUGAUUAAUAAGGUGAUUCCUGUCAGUAAAUAUUUAGCAUUUUAAUCAUCAACUGUAAUUCUUAUAAAUGACAUUUUAUAAUAUGGUAAGAAUCCUUGGUUAAUGACAAGAAUGAAAUGACAAUGAGUAAGCUGAAAGACGAAAUGCAAUAUCAUCAUUUUAGCCAUGGAGUACGGUGCUUGUGUAAACCAUUAUCUUCUAUAAUGUGGUUACAAAACUUUAGGAGGCUGUGUGGUGAACAGACCUGA